GGAGACGGCGUCCGACACCUCGUCAGGAUCAAUGUCUUCCACCAUCACCACCGUGCUGACCAGCAAGGCGGUGGUUGUGUCGGAGGGCGGCAGCAGCGGCAUCGGCUGCACGCCGCACGCGCGCGACUCCGCGCCCGACUCCAACGACUCCGCCAGUGACUACAACGAGACGCUCGGCGGCUCAGACGAGGACAGCUGCGUGAUAACCGCCUCCCUCCACAUCCCCGCCGCGUCGGUGUCCCGCGCGCGUCCCGCCCCGCCCCCGCGCCGCCGCUCCACCUCCGGCUCGGAGUCGUCGGCCAAACGCGACUCGGCUGUCGGCUCGUCGGGCGCGUCGGCUGUCGGAUCGUCGGGUGUGGGAUCGUCGGGCGCGUCGGCGUCGGCGUCGGGCGCGUCGUCGCCGCCCGCGUCGCCGCCGCCCGCGCAUCAAGCGCCGCUGCGGGUCACGCUUACAGCGACGGGAGAGUUACGACGCACGCCUGAUAUUGACAGGCUUAUCUCACUCGGAAGAGAACGCAACACCUCGGACGCCCGAGCGGUUGUUCUCAGACAACACGACGAGACUACACACGUCAGGACGCGGGCCUCGUCGCGCCAGGAGACCGUCAGGAGAGACGAACAAACCGUCAGGAGAGACGAACAAAGUAUUAGGAGAGAGGAGCACAGCGCCAGGAGAGACGAGAGGAAGGAAGGCACCACGCUAUACAAACGGGGGGAGCUCAUCUCGAGCGCUCAGUCCCCGCCCACAUGACAGAUUAUAUACGUGUUUUUAUACAUAAA